UUGCACAUCCUACACAUCAUUGAGGCGUGUUAAAUUCCCUCUGAGAUCUCUGAUGACCACACUCCAGUCUGGUAGGUGGCGGUAAAUGCACCUUAAGUUGGAUGCCAGCCGCCAAUAAAAAUCAAAAGAAGAAGAAAGUUUCCUUGUGCGCAUGCGCGUCAGGGGAAUUUCCUGUCUGUUCGAAACCAGGGGAGGGAAAGCAGUUAUUUCCUGUUGCUGUCACCAUAACAUCAUGACGGUGUAUGUUCUGUCAGACGGGUCGGGCCCAUGCUCCCAGGUACCGUCACACCUGACCAGGAUUCCCAUGGCUCUCCUCUGCCCAAACACUAACUACAACAACAAAACAGUCAAGGGUGAAGUGAUUCAUAAAGGGCCGCUUGUGAGGGUAGCAACUGAUGACUUGAUCCUGAAAACCAUCAUUCAUGAGGAAGAUGCCAUGCAGAAUGUCGACUGUCAGAGAAUGUCCAUAAACAUGAUCAUUUUUGGAGCAUUAGCUGAGAGCUUCAGCCACAGAGUCAACCCAGGGGACAUACUCUGGGUCUCUGGCUUCACUGUGGGGAAAUCUCCAACAGCGAAUAAGGACAAGCUCCACCCCUGUAACUUGCUGCUGUCAGGAGAUGAUGCAUGCAUCUAUGUUUCCAAGCAGAGACCUCCUGAGCCCAGAUCCCCUUUGGCCAGCAGGGGGAGCUCCUUGACUCCUGAUGUGGACCUCAGGACCCCUAGAGCUCCUAGGUAUACAUACGUGCGGCUGGAUGAGCUGAAGAACAUGGCGGUGGUGAAUGUCUAUGGAGUGGUGGUGUUUUUCAAGCAACCAUUUAAGAGCCGUGGCACAGAUUACUGCUCCAGCCUGAAGAUCACCGAUCAGUCUGAGCAUAAAAUCGGCUGCACCAUCUUCUGUGAGAAGCUGGAAGACCACCCCAGAAUCUUUCAGACUGGAGACAUUAUCCGUAUGCACAGAGUCAAGGUGCAUUUAUACAACUCCUCCCUCACAUUAGUCAACACAUUCGGGUUCUCUGUGGUGACGUUUAGCGGCACAGUGGGUGGAGGUAUGGAGCCUCGGACAUCUAGUAAAAGCUUGCAGUUGGACGAAGAUGACCGGCGCACCAUAGAGGAGCUGAGGGCCUGGGCUGCCUGCCAGGCUCUGCUUUCCUCAGUCUCUGCUGCUGUCCCUCUAUCUGCCGUUCAGCCCAACGCCUACUUUGACCUCAUCUGCCAGCUGCUGGCCAAAGCCUCCAUUGACUCCACCUGCACAUUGCUCAGAGUCUGGGAUGGGACCAGAUGUCCUCACGCCCUGCUGAAAGUCAUUGUUGAGCCAAACAGCACAGAAGGGCCAUCUUCUUUCUCCAAAUACAAAGAGAGCCACAUUGCAAACGUCCUUGUGUACGACAACCACGUGGAGGUUUCCAGACACCUAAAGCCUGGUGCCUUUUUGAGAAUCUAUAACCUCCGAGCAAUCCCAGGAUCCAGUAGAGUGCCGGGCCUCACCAGCAGCCAGCCUGUGGAGCUGGAUCAUCUGGCCUUCCACCUCCACGGAGGAACAUCAUACGGGAGAGGCAUCCGGCUUCUGCCAGAAAACAGCCCAGAUGUGCAGGAGCUCAGGAGAGCCACGGAGGCGUUUUUAGACCACCAAGACGAAGAAGUUUCUGAGCUGAACGACUCUGAGCUGCUGGAAGUCUGGAGCACUCCACCAGAGUUUAUAGAAGGCGAUGUGCUGGACUGUAGAACUGAGCGAUGCUGUGACCACCAGCUGCAGCUGGUGACUCUGUCCCAGGUGAAGCAGAGUGCUGGUGGCCAGACUCACCAUGUCCGAGCCCAGAUAGGCUCUUAUGAGCCCCGCCAGCUGCACCGCGCCCUCAAACUCUUCUGCUGCAGCUGUUCAGCAAUUCAGGACGUCCCGGAUGAAGAGCUGCUGGCCGGGAUCUUCUCUGAGGCGACCCGGCGCCCUGCGGCCUGUGCUCCUCCUCCAUGGGCGCUGUCUGGACAAGUGGAUCUACCAGGAGAUGCCUCAGCAUCCCAACAGCACUCUCCCAGUGUCCACCUGUCCACCAAACUCAUGACGGAGGGCAAAACUGAGCAACUCAUCUUCCUCAUGGGGUGCUCUCUGGAGGAGACGCAGCACCUGGCAGCUGCUUACCCCAAUGUUGUUCCAGUGGCGCCAUUUGGUGGCCGGCUGGCCCUGUUGGACCUGACCGCACCCUUCCUGUUCAGAGGAACAAACAGACACUACGGGUGUAAGCGGUGCUCUGAGGCUGCAGUGAGGGAGCCGAGUGCUGCAGGAGUGGAGCAGAUCGAUGAGAAGAUGAUAGCAGAGACCCUCGGUGUGCAGCCACUGCAGCUGGUCUUGCUGAUGAAGUUGCAGUUGCAGGAUGCCACAGACACUCUGGACGUCUACUUGUGGAGACAUGCUGAGCUUUUCUUCAGUGUGGCAGCAACAGAUGUCUCAGCCAAUCAGGAAGCUCAAAACAGCAUUCAUCGGACAAUGGAAACACUCUGUCCAGCAGAGGGCAGCAUAGGUGAGCGGCCAUGGCUCGACCUGUGUCUCAUGGCGUACCAGACAGAGGGUGAGGACAGGCAGAUCCAGACUUGCUACCAGAUCUGCAAUACUGUGGUCGUCAAACCCUGCUGUAACAGUCCAGACAAUACACAAUGAAGCACAAUGGACCAGCCUGGACUGGACCGGACCUGAAGCACAGCACCUCACAUUCAAACACAUCAAGUGUUCUGUCUUCUGGGCUGCUUGGUGGGAAAUCUGUUCCUUGCACUGAUGGGAUGCUUUCUGUUUGUUUCCAUCCCAAAGUUUUCUCCACCAUUCACCACAGUGAUUUAAUGACUUUCUAAAUAAAAGCAUAAUCAGUAA